UUUUAUCCUCUACUUCUAAUUUUUUACUUGCACAAAACCAUUAUAUUAUUAUAAGCCUGUGAUGACACUUGGAUAAAGUUGGAUAUUGUAAUUUAGUGACAACCAUAGACCUACUUCAGUGGUGACAACACAGAGUUAGUAUUUUGUAGGUAGGUACCUACGGUACUUAUUAACUUCAGGAGUGACAACGACACCUAUGACAACUGACAAGUGACAAGGUUCACUUGUCAGUUGCUGUCUGUCACAGAACCGUUGACGGGUGGACUGAGUAAUGAUUAGAAUUGAAAAUAAAAGGUUGCUAAUUUCACGAUAAACAUACUAUUUGCAAACUUAAAUAAUGGCAGAAAUACAGACAUUGAUCGAGAUGGGUUUUCCCAAAGAACGAGCAGAAAAAGCUUUAGCCGUGACCAAUUAUAAGGGUGUAGAGCCUGCCAUGGAGUGGCUUUUGGCUCACGCCGAGGACCUCGCAGUAUCCUCGGAACCCUCUAAUUCACAAGCUGGCGAGUCUUCAGCACCUGUCCCUGAUUCAACUCCGGCUCCUUCGACUGAGACUCCUACAGCAGAAGAAAGUGAUGCUAAGUCUUUAAAAUGCGACGAAUGUGGGAAGCUGUUCAAAAAUCAAGAUGAGAUUGAGUACCACGCCGCAAAAACGAAUCACAGUAGUUUCUCAGAGUCUACUGAAGAAAAAAAACCAUUAACUGAAGAGGAAAAGAAGGCGCAACUGGCGCUCCUAGAAGAGAGAAUGAAACAAAAGCGUAAGGAAAGAGAAGAGAGAGAAAAGGCUGAAGCUCUUGAUCGUGAACGUGAUCGAAUCAAGUCUGGUAAAGAAUUACAAGAUGCCAAGCAACGACUUCAAGAGCAAGAGAUGCAAAAACUGGUUGAACAACGAAGGAUGGAGAAAAUUGAAGACCAGAAGGCUAGAGAACGUGUCCGUGCUCAAAUAGAAGCGGACAAACAGGCUAGAAAAUUAGCAGCAUUAGGAAAAACAGCAGCACCUUCAGUCCCAGCACCCACCCCUGCCGCCAUACCAACAACAGCUCCGAACCCCAAAGUAUCAUAUGAGCAAGCAAGAAUACAACUGCGAUUACCCGACGGAAGGGCUCUUUCACAGACAUUUGGAGCUAAAGAACAGUUGUCUGCAGUACGACUGUAUUUACAAAUGCAUGCACAUGAAUAUGCACAAUCAGAUAACUACAAAUUAAUGACCACAUUUCCAAAAAAAGUAUUUACCAGUGAAGAUUAUGAUAAACCUCUGGAUUUUUUGGGUCUUGUACCAUCUGCAGUGAUUAUAGUCUCGAAAAGCCAAGGACAGUAGUUAGAACAAUAACUCAGUUUAUCUUCAGAAUAGGCCUGAGUGUCACAAAACAGGACAUGGGUUAUACAAAUUAAUAUCCAUUUGGGAAAUAAAGAUUUGUGGUGCAUAUUAAA